GAGAUUUGAGUCAAAAUGGCUGAGCACCAUGACUGUACAGAGCUUAAGGAGUCCCUGUAUGGCCAAAGUACAUCCUGAAGGAGGAAAACCUCCCUGCAUUAUGUGCUAUGAGGCCCUUUUUUCCAAUAAAGGUCAUUGGCUGCACAAGCAAGUGGCUCUGCAGGAUGUGCCAUACAAGAACCGCCACUGGCAUGGCGAAUGCUUCCUGUGCUUCAAGUGUAGCUGGACUCUGGUUGAACAGCUUUGUCACCAAGGAUGAUAUGCUGAUGUGCAUUGAGUGCUACAGCAACGAGUACUCUGCCAAGUGUCAUGUGUGCCUGAAGACCAUCAUGCCAGGUGACGAGGCCUGAUCAUACCCUAACAGAAACAAAUGGCUCUAAAAAGAUGGAGUAUGAGGGCAACAGUUGGCAUGAGAACUGUUUUACCUGAAACCACUGCCAGCAGCCCAUUGGCACCAGGAGCUUUGUCCAGAAGGAUGGCAACAACUACUACAUGCCCUGCUGUGAGAAGCAGUUUUCUCUGCAGUGUGUCCACUGCAAGCCCAUCACCACUGGAGGGGUGAACUACUGUGACCAGCCCUGGCAUAAGGAGUGGCUCGUUUGCACCGGAUGCAAGUACCAACUGGCCGACCAGUGGCUCACUUCUUGGGACGACUUCGCUUUUUGCCUCAACUGCUCCUGCAACCUGUUUGCCAAGAAAUGUGCUUACUGCACCACCCUGAUUCAUUGGUCGCCGUGGAAGGGGAAUACAUCUCAUUUGAGCAGUGGCGCAGCAAGUGCUUCAACUGCAAAAGGUGCUGCGUGUCUCUGGUUGGCCAAGGCUUCCUGACAUGCAAAGAUAACAUCCUCUGCACUGACUGUGGCAAAGACUUCUGAGUGAUCUGAGUUAUUCAUCCAAGUUGGCUGUCCAUCAGAGAGCAUUAUCAGUAAUCCCCCAAACCCAAGCAUUGUUGCUUUAUUUGUAUCAAUUUGACUUACUUACUUACUGUUGAGGUGCUUUCUGCAUGCUGAUAUUGUUUAUUAUAAUUCCAUAAGUUCUACUUGGUGAAAUCUAACUCUAAGCUCCAAGAUUUUUGAUUUGAUGAAUGCUGGGCUGAAGAUUAUUCAGUUCUCACUGUGCAUUCAAAGGUGUCUUAAAAUACUUUUUAAAACCACAAAUACCCUAGCCUGCAUUGGAAUACCCCUUUGUCACAGCUCUUGUUUCAAAGGUGUCACACAUGAAAAAGUAGAGUAAUAGUAUAGUGCCACUUUCUAAUAAGGAAGCUAGAAUUUAUGGCUUAAUUAAUAGUUAAGUUGAUAAAUAAUUUACUAAUGUGUUUUGCAGUGAGGUAAGAAGUAGGCUUACAAUAUUUUCUACUGUAUGUAGUGACGUAAAUUAGGCUAUACAGUAGCAGAAGCAACAACAACGGCAAACUUGAAUAAACAUACUUAGUUACAUACAGCAAGAUGCUUGUCUUCAGGGCUAAAGAACGUCCAUAGUUUAACAGCAUGCGUUUAUGAAGGUUCUUUCAUUUUGUCUGAUUUUAAGAUCUUUACUCAAAUGCAAAUCCACACGAGCCGUUGUCGAAAAUACACGAUCUCUGGGUGAUCUACCGGAUGUCGGCGGCAAGGUGCCACCGGAAGUGUGUGCGUCUACAGUACAUCCUUGGAUUAGCGUCCAGUUCAACGUAGAGAAGGAAAAGAAGCUAACGUGAAGUAUUUGUAACAACUAAGUUAGUAAUCGGCAGAAGAGAAUAGCUGAUCAUAUUGUAUUAUAUCAGCAGCUGAAAUGAGUGCCGCUGUCCCCAACCACCGAAGGACCAAGCCUGGAGUUUAUUGUAGGCAUAAAGCCUGGGGCUGUGAUCAGCGACAUGUCUGGACCGAUCUCCCAGAUCCCCGGUCUGUCCCAGAGUGCUGACAAAAGCACCCCGGUGGAGAGGACCAGUGGACGGAGAGUUGGGAUAUUUGCGACGGACUCAGAAUAUGUGAAGCUAGCAAAGCAGGGUGGACACAAAGGGCUGUUGAGUCAUGAUGUUGAUGAUGAUGAUGACAAACCAAGCAAACCCUACAAUCCAUCCAGCUGGUUUGCAGAUGAUGAGUCAAAGAGUGGAAGCAAAGCAACGUCUCCCAACAGCCUGAUGAAGAGGGGCAGGCAGCCUCUCGCUGCGCCAUUUGGCACUGAUAACGGUUCGCCCUGGGAAAGAGAGACUGAUAUAUUUUCACAUGGUAAAGAGAAGAUGUCUCCUGAUGGUGCUGUCCAACAGAUGGAGGGUCUGUCUCUAACCGGCAAAUACAAGAGAACCACUGAGCAAAAAACAGUCCAAAUACCUGAGUCUUAUGAUAAGAAGGCUCUCCCUGUCAGCAUGUCCAAGCUGCUGAGUCACGGCUACGUGGAGAACACCAAGAAGUCUCCUGAUGACGAUGCCUCAAGUGUGACCUCAGAACAGACCAGCACCAUUGCGAUGGAGGACGUGGAUGAUCUGGAGUAGUGCCAACAGGUUCAUGGGGUCACAAAUCCACUAACAUGCCACUCUGCUCCUCUCAGUUUCACUUGCAUUUGUUGUACAUUGCUGACUGUUAGGUUUUGUACUGAUGUUUAUGCAAAGGGUGCUGUCCUCUAAUCCUUUAUUUAUUAGUUUUAAUUUAUAAAAUGUCAUGCAGAUUUUGUUGUAUAAAUGUAUCGGUACUCGCUGUUUUUUUUUUUUUUUUUUAAUCUGUAUUGUGGUUCCUCAGUUUGAAAGGCUAAUUGUGUGCAGGGCAGGAAACUAACAUUUGGGUUUUACUAUUGUACCAGCUAGUUAGAUUUUUAGAACCUAAAAGGAGAGUGACCCUCGCCUGCAUCUGGCUGGUGUUAGUUUCCUGUCCUGGUUCUAUGAAGAUCGAACUGGUGAAUUUUAAAAGUGUUUGUGCUAAUGACUUGUGGUUCCAGUGAUGUGAAAUAUUGUUUUGAUCAGGGGCUCCUGCUCUCUAAAGGGAUUAUUAGAGGUUCGUGUUUUGUUUGCUGAGACAGCAACCCGUGUCGGCUGUGCACACUGACGGCCACAGCCGACACGGGUUGUUUGGUUAUAAAGGGCAUUGACAAAACAAUGCUUCAUUUAAAAACCACAGUAAACUCAAGUGGUGUUUGCUAGUUGCUGGAAUCUUUAGAAAACUUGAAGGUGCUACAAAUGAAAUCUUCUCUUCACUGCUUGUUAAUCUGGAAGCUCAUGGGUAGAUUAAUGCCAAGUGUUUUGAUGCUGGUCCAAAUAUGUCAGAAGCUUUUUAAUGAUGGAACUAAAUUUAGUUCACUCUCUAUGUUAAAGCCCUGCAGUGUUACUGUGUUGUCCUUCAGCCUGUUAACCCUAAACAGUGCAACAACAGAAGAUGUUUUUGGAAAAAGGCAACCUUCUGUAGGCUGACAAGUCUCUUCCAGUACAGAUUAACACAGGUGAGUUUCUUAAAAAGUGAGUUCUGAACUUGCCAACCAAGCAGAUUUCUGGCUCAUGCAGUGUUAUGACUUAGUAGAGCUCAGUAGGAGAAGCUAGUGUUAGUGCAUAGCCUGCUCACACCAGACCCUGCAUCUCGUGACGUGUCCUGAUCCUCCCAACCUGACCUGGUUACUGCUGCAGCAUGUUUGCAUAUAAGAGCAACUUCAGUCUCAGAAGCAGUGCGAAAGCAUUAGUUGGCAUCUCUUUGGCCAAGGUUUCAUAUCCCUCUCUAACAGAGGAUGCAGGAAAAAGACUGGUCAGUUUAAAUGCAGAUUAGUUUUGUUUGUGGAAGUUUAACCCUUUAACUUGUUAACCUCUGUUUGCUUGUGUGGUGGCAUCAUUAGUUUGACUGCAAGGACGUCUCAAAAAACACUAAAGAUUUCUUUUGACAUUUGAUGGACAGUUAGGCCUUGAGUCAUUCAACAGUUAGUUAUUAGCCGUGUCUGUGAACAUGACUGUGACAGUGACAUUUGUCUGGUAAAUGAAAUGCUCUGGGAAUGAUGUGUUCAGGUGUAACAGCAGGGUUUAACCUCUGAGUUUGUCCACAUCUCCAAAUGAUGCAGACGUAACAGACAUGCAUUUGGGAAGAAUUUGUUUUUAAGCUCCUAGAAAUGUCAACACAACUGUCUGGUUUAUUUAGGGUUGUCACUUUGAUCGACACUAUUUUUAAGCGAUGAUAUAAAAUGUAUCAGUAUGUAGACUUAAAAAAUGUCUUGUUCUGAAACUAGGCACUUUGUUUAGUGACACGAUUUUAUUUUGCAGCAAAAGGAAUGGCGAAUGUAUCAUCUUGAUAUUGUUGCUUUGAAGAGCAGGUUUAUUUAUAUGAACUGCUGGCUAUUCAGGUAAAAGGUGUUUCUUCCUCCUCUCCCUGUGAGUGGAUGGCUUCUAAGUUUACAGACCAGUAGUGGGAAUCUUUAGUGGCUUAACUUUGCAUAGACCUUGACAUCUUGUAUGUUCCCCUCUUGCUUUUUAUCUGCAGGUGGUAUUUGUUCAUUUUAAAUGCAAAUGUACCAGAGGUGGCUGAAGAUGGCAGCUUUUAAAAUGGGCAUCCCUCAAGUGUUUGUAAUGAGGAGAAAUCCACCUGACAGCUCAGUGUAAGACCCUGCAGAUCUCUGAACACAGACUCUUGAUUAUCCUUUAAAUAAAUGGGCAUGUGCACGUA